CUGAGAUCUCCCUCUCCCCCCCGGACAGUGAGUCUCCUACGCCCCGCCAUGUGUACGCUGCUGCCGGCGUGGCUGUGGCUGCUGCUCGGCCUCUUGCCUCUGGAGAUCCAGUCCCGUGCCUUGACUCUGCACAGCCUUACCCACAGACACAGGUUGACUUUACCCAGACCCUCCAAAUAUCAAAAGUCUUCUCUCACUUCCAUCAUGCCUACUGCGUCGGAUCUCUCUAUUGCCUUUGACAACCACCUCACCCAUGGAGAGAUCACCUUGAGGGCUCUGCUGCACAAAGAGCCCCAGUCAAAGUUGUCUGAACCAUUACUUGAUGAAAGCAGCAUUGUACCCCAAGAAGCCGUAGUCAGUAGACGUGGAUCACGGGGUCGGCGUCAUGCGAAUAGUGGCGGCACAAGGGGCCACGGCCAUCUAAUGAGGGUGGGGUGUGUCCUAGGCACCUGCCAGGUUCAAAACCUCAGCCAUCGUCUCUACCAGCUGAUUGGACAGAGUGGGAGAGAAGACUCCUCCCCCAUAAAUCCUCGCAGUCCUCACAGCUAUGGCUAAGUCUACAGUUAAUAGCCAAAAUGCCUUAGAUUAUCUAAUUUAGCAAGUUGCAUUAGCGACAAAAUUAUGAGACUAAGGCUACACACAUUAACAGAUAUAUUCAAAAGCUUUUUUUCUUCUCUGUUUUCCAAAACUAAACUGUCCACACCACAGUUGAAAACACAUGCAUAAGCAUGCCAGGCCAGUGGGUGGCGAUAAUGUGUAAUCAAUCUGCAAGAAGUGAACAGCAUUCUUCAAACUGUGUACAGAGUGUUGAAUAUAUAUGAUAUAUUUAUUUGACUCGUGCCAUAGUAUAAUGAUGAAGUAAAGCUAGGUCUGCUUGUAAACAUGGAAUUGAACCUGACAGCAGCCCAACAUCUUGGUGCAUGCACAAUACAUGUAAACAACAAUUUCCAUUCGCAAGUAUGUUUUAUUUUCAGUGAUCCAAAACCAUUUACAUGUGGAAGGAAGGCCAAAAUGUAGAGAAUAAACAACAUCCAUUUAGGUGUGAACGCUGCCUAAAACAGGCCUACAAGGCUUAAAUUGACUUUUCUAAUUGUGAUAUGAUUCAAGACAUGCUGGUUUGCAUUCAGAGGCCAUCUUUUCUUUUUUUGAGUGAAUGGAGUGCUACAAAUAAAAGUGUGGAUGGAUGGCAGGUAGACCUUGGGAUCAUGUGAUGGCUUCUGGUAUUUUUGGAUUUUAACCUGACCAAGUUUCCUGAACCAUAACCAAAUGCUGCCAGAGACUAAACAUAACUUUAAGAAGCUUUAUAAUGAAGUUCAGAAAGACAUCAAAUAUGACUCCACAGUCUCCCUUCAUUUUUACUAUUCUCUCUUUUGCUUCAACCACUUAAUGUUACACUAGCAUAAUCUGCUCUAGACAGCCUGGCUAAAUUUUGCCUUGUUUCUUGAUACGACCAUUUUCUACCUGCGAGAAAUUAUUCCGGUGAGUAAACUAUCAUAGCCAAAGGUACAAGAGUCAACACCAUAAAAAAUAUCUGUAAUACAACCAAGAAUGUCUGCAUUCUGUAACAAUAAGUCCGGUUAAGACGGUGCACAAACAGGAGUUCUCUUGAAGACCACAGCAUGAUUCCCUUUGCUGCCAGUACUGCAAUAAAACUAGCUUUGUCAGACUGGCCUUCCUGAUCAACAUCCACUAUCGUCAUCAUUCGUGAUCCUGCUGAUCUGAACUAACCUGAGCUCAGAGCUAAUCCACUGUGUCCCUCAAAAGUAUCAUCAUCUCCCUCUGAGCAAGUAGCUUUACUUCUGUAGGAACAGAAACUAAGAAUAACCUCCAAUCAAACCCAGUUAACCCUUCACCCAAAACCCCACAGUGAGCACAGUUAGCCAAAAUAACCACUAACCCUAAUCCAUGAACUGUCUGGAUGCUUCUUAACAGAUAUCUCGUCUCAGAACAAGUGAACCAUUCACUCUGUAAAUCACCUUUGACCUACAAACUGUACAUCUGUGAUUGAUUUUAUGUCUAUUUAAUGUCUGUUUGUGAGCCUUAUUCUGUUGGAUUGUUUAAGAGGCCUUAUGAUGCUUGGCCUUUUUACCUAUUUAAAUUUAGCAUUACAGUAAGUAUUGACUAUUAAAGUGUUAUUUGAAGCUUUAUAUCAUCUGCUUUUCUCUCUGCACCAGUUCUGUAUAACUGCAGUGUCAGUCUUUGAGGUCAAAAGUGAGGGAUCCAUUA